UCUGUUCUUCUCCAAAUGAAGACAUGGGCGGGGCGCAGAGGGGAGGUGACGUGGUUUCCCUAUUUCCCUUUAUUCACCAAGUUCCCUCUGUCAAGUCUCAUCCGGUCUCUGAGCCGCAGAGACCACUGCUGGACACACCUGGACAGCGCCUCAGAUACAGCCAUGACUUUUACCAUGGAAAACAUAUGGAAUAAUACUGAUCUGUGGAUGUAUUUUGAUGAAGAGUUUCUGAAUGUCACUGGCCUGCCCCCGAAUCUACCAGAUUUUGCCCCAUGCCGGCCAGAAUUCACGGUACUCAACAAGUAUGCUGUGGCCGCCAUCUAUGCCCUGGUGUUCCUGCUGAGCCUGCUGGGAAACUCCCUGGUGAUGCUGGUCAUCUUAUACAACAGGGUCGGCCGCUCUGUCACGGACAUCUACCUGCUGAACCUGGCCAUCGCCGACCUGUUCUUCGCCCUGACACUGCCCAUCUGGGCCACCUCCAAGGUGACGGGCUGGGUCUUCGGCACUCCCUUGUGUAAGGUGGCCUCGCUCCUGAAGGAAGUCAACUUCUACAGUGGCAUCCUGCUGCUGGCCUGCAUCAGUGUGGACCGCUACCUGGCGAUUGUCCACGCCACCCGCACACUGACCCAGAAGCGCCACCUGGUCAAGUUCAUAUGUCUGGGCAUCUGGGGACUGUCUGUGCUCCUGUCCCUGCCCUUCUUUGCCUUCCGUGAGGCCUUUGACCCACCCUUUUCCAGCACAGUCUGCUACGAGGUCCUGGGUAACAACACAGCAAAAUGGCGGAUGGUGUUGCGGAUCCUGCCCCAGACCUUCGGCUUCGUCCUGCCUCUGCUGGUCAUGGUGUUCUGCUAUGGGUUCACCCUGCGCACGCUGUUCGAGGCCCACAUGGGGCAGAAGCACCGGGCCAUGCGCGUCAUCUUUGCCGUGGUGCUCGUCUUCCUGCUCUGCUGGCUGCCCUACAACCUGGUCCUGGUGGCAGACACCCUCAUGAGGACCCAGGUGAUCCAGGAGACCUGUGAGCGCCGCAAUGACAUCGACCGGGCUCUGGAUGCCACCGAGAUCCUGGGCUUCCUCCACAGCUGCCUCAACCCCAUCAUCUAUGCCUUCAUCGGCCAGAAGUUCCGCCAUGGACUCCUCAAGAUCUUGGCCAUCCGUGGCCUUAUCAGCAAGGAGUACUUGGCACGCCAUCACGUCUCCUCUCACACUUCUUCUACUGCCAGUGUCUCUGCAAAUGUCUGAAAGCCAUCAAUGAAAGACCAUCCCGUCCUCAUAACCUGCAGGGUGGGGGCUGUCUGAUUGUGGACUGUGGACUGAUACUAUCUAGGUUUGGGAGGGAAGCUAUAGAAUGUGGGGAAGUUAGGGAUUGCUGUUUUUAGCUGCCAAAGCCUGCCUUCUGAGGAAGUGCUGAGAUACUUCCAAGGAAGGACAGACCUUGACACUUCCAUGUAAAGGAAGCAUCAUCAUUUCUGCUGAGCUCCUGUAUUUUUUACCCACAAAUCGGUAAUUAACACGGCCACCUCUAAAGCCUGGAUUUGACAUUAGAUCAAAGCACUCAGGGCUGAAGCUUUUUCCUUUGUGGGCUGGACCCUCUUGCUGACCCUCUCAAGAACAUCAUCUCAGCCACUGAGCAUUCUCCCACCAGGGUGCUUGGCUGCUCCUUGGGCUCUGGUCAGAGCUCAUGGAACUGUUUUCCUAUCUUGAGUAUGUUGUUGGGUCUGCUGGGGACAGUGUGACAGGUGCUGCCUAAAUAUCAAACCACCAAAUGACCCUGUGAUGGAGCUGGAAAACAUUUUCCCCCUAUGUGUGAAGGGUGAACAAGAGGUGAGAGGGAUGGGGAAGCUAGACCUUUUGCAUGAGAAUCCCCUUUACCCCAUGACCAACAUCAUAGAACGUGUUGGGUGUCAUUUAUGCGAGAGGCCCUGCUGGGCCUCAUAUGGGAGGAGAGGAGCAGCUUUAGCCCUUGCCUUCUUGGAGCUUCCAAUCCAACAUGGACCAUCAGGAACCUCACCAUCAGCUGGACAGUCAGACUUUUCUAAUAAAAUUUGUUUUCUCUCCUUGAA